AUGGAGGACGAUUUGACACGUUACACUUUAGGAAUUCCACUUCCUGACCAGAAGGCAAAUACUGUUGCGGAAGCCUUUGUUACACACUUCGUUUGUGUACACGGCAUACCAGAAACAAUACUCACGGAUCAAGGAACUAAUUUCCUCUCGAAAACGUUUGCAAAUGUUUGUAAAAUAUUAAAGAUAGAAAAGGUUAACACAAGUCCAUUCAGACCACAGGGUAACCCCGUAGAACGCGCUCAUAGGACCUUAGCCGAGUACUUAAGACAUUAUGUAGAUAAGAAUUUAAAUAAUUGGGACCAUUUACUACCCUUUGCAUUCUUUGUAUAUAAUUCAACGGUACAUACUUCUACUAAUUUUCAACUAUACGCAUUAGUCUAUGGACGUACGUUGGAGGUACCGAUUAGAUUAAAAGCCGAACCUGAACCACGUUACAAUUAUGAUGAUUAUAUAUUCGAUCUAAAAGAAAAUAUGCAAAUUUCGCAUAAAAUAGCUAGAGAUCAUUUAAUUAAAAAUAAAAUAAAAAGUAAAGAACGUUAUGAUAAAAAUGAAAAUCCACAAGAACUACACGUUAAUGAUUUAAUACUAUUAAAAGAUAAUAAUCAUAGAACGUAUGAUGGUUCAAUUAUUAAACCAACAGGAGAAAUUGAAGUAAAAUUGAAGUAUGGUGAAAGAGAGUUAUAUGGUAAAUUAUUAGUAGUAAAAAAAGGACAUAGAGCUCUGGUAGGUAGAGAUUUAAUGAAAAAAUUAGGAAUAACGAUUAUGGGUAUUUCAAAGAUUGAAGUAGAAAGCACAAAUAAGAAUAAUAAAUUAGAGUUACUAAUGAAUGAAUUUGAGGAAUUAUUUGAGGAAAAAGUUGGUAAAUAUAAAUAUGAAAAAGUGACAUUGAAAGUUAAAGAAGGAUGUACACCUGUAUUUUGUAAACCAAGACCAAUACCUUUUGCUUUUAAAAAAAAAGUUGAUGAGGAGUUGGAUAGAUUAGAAAAGGAGGAUAUAAUACAGAAAGUUGAGACUAGUGAAUGGGGCACUCCACUUGUACCUGUGAUUAAACCAGAUGGAUCUAUUAGAUUAUGUGCAGAUUAUAAGACUACGGUCAAUAAAUAUUUAGUAGAUAUUAAUCAUCCAUUACCAAGAGUAGAAGAUGUUUUUGUGGCGUUACAAGGAGGUAAAACAUUUUCUAAAUUAGAUUUUUUGAAUGCUUAUAACCAGCUAGAGUUAUGUGAAAAUACACAAAAACUAUUAGCUUGGAGUACAAGUAAAGGUAUUUAUUUAGUAAAAAGAUUACCUUUCGGUACCAAACCAGCUUGUUCAAAGUUUCAGAGUGUUAUUGAAAAAGUGCUGUUAGGAACAAAGGGUGUUAAAAACUUUUUAGAUGACAUUAUUGUAACUGGUAGUAGUGAACAGGAACACUUAGAUAAUCUCAGGGAGGUGUUUAAAAGGUUACAAAAGGCUGGGUUUAGGUUAAAUAAAAAAAAAUGUAGUUUUUUUCAACCAAAAAUAAAUUACCUAGGACAUGUAAUUGGAUCAGAAGGUAUUGAAAGAGAUGAAAAUAAAGUUAAAGCUAUGCUUAAUGCAAUAGAGCCUAAGCGUGUCACAGAAGUAAAAGCCUUUACAGGGAUGGUGAACUACUAUGUUAAGUUUAUACCAAAUUUAUCAACCUUACUAGGUCCUAUUUACAAUUUGUUAAAAAAAGAGGUAAAAUUUGUUUGGACAAAGGAAUGUAGAGAGGCAUUUAAUAAGACAAAGCAAGCAAUGGCAUCAGAAUCAUUAUUGGUUCAUUACAAUCCUGAUUUGGAUGUUGUAUUGUCUUGCGAUGCGUCGGAGUAUGGUAUAGGAGCAGUGUUAAUGCAUAUUUUUGAAAAUGGAGAAAAGCGACCAGUGGGGUAUGCAUCAAGAAUCCUAACCGUGGCUGAAAGAAAAUACUCAGUAAUACAAAAAGAGGCUUUAGCGGUUUUCUGGGGGGUAAAGAAAUUUUCUCAGUAUCUUUUGGGUAGAAAAUUUUUUCUGGAGACUGACCAUAAACCUUUGUUAGCGUUGUAUGGGGAAAAGAAAGGUAUUCCUGUUAUGGCCUCUGGGAGAAUUCAAAGGUGGGCGUUAUAUUUAUCUGAGUUUGAUUAUCAAGUGGUACAUUUUAAAGGUAAUGAUAAUAAAGUGGCAGAUGGACUUUCUAGAUUACCUGAUAAAGAUGAUGUAUUAAUUCAAACAAAAGAAGUGGAUUAUGUUGAUUUUAUGGAAAAUACUAUGCCUAUUGAUUAUGAGAUACUUAGAGUAGAAACUAAGAAAGAUAAAGAGUUUAGUUUAGUUAUUAAGUUUUUGAAUGAAGGUUGGCCGAUAAAAGUAAGCGAGGAACUGAAACCUUAUGCAAUUAGAGAGGAAGAAUUUUGUGUAGAUAAAGAUAUAUUAAUGUGGGGGUAUAGAAUAUUAAUUCCUAAAGUUCUGAGGAAGGAUUUAUUGAAAGAAGUACAUUCAACGCAUAUGGGUAUGUCUAAAAUGAAAACAUUGUGUAGAUCAUACAUGUGGUGGCCUGGAUUAGAUAAAGAUAUAGAAAAGUGGGUACAAAGUUGUGAUGCUUGUUUACAAAGUAGAUCAGAACCAAUUUUAGCUGAACCAAAAAAGUGGGAGGAAGCGAGUUGUCCAAUGGAUAGAAUACACAUAGAUUUUCUAUAUUUACAAGGUAAAAACUAUUUGAUCAUGACAGAUAUAUUUACAAAAUGGCCAGAAGUAGCUGAAAUGAAAAUAUUGAACAGUGGUUCGGUUAUUGAAAAGUUAAGAGAGAUAUUUGCUAGGUUUGGAUUACCGAACAAAAUUGUGUCAGAUAAUGGACCGCAAUUUAGAUCAGAGGAGUUUAUACAAUUUUGUAAAAAUAAUAUGAUUAGGUUUGUAACGUCCCCUCCUUAUCAUCCGGCUACAAAUGGAUCGGCAGAAAAUGCUGUUAAAUCUUUAAAAAAUGGUAUAUUAAAGGCAGUUAAGGAUAAAAUAAAUAAAAAUGUUUCUUUAAAUACAUUAAUUCAAAGAUAUCUACUGACAUAUAGGAAUACACCACACUGGAUAACUGGUGAGUCACCAAGUUAUAGAAUGUUUGGAAGGAAAAUUAAAACUAGGUUAGAUCAAUUAUAUAUUCCUAUAGAAAAAAAUAAGUAUGUAAAAAGAUUUAGAAAAGUAUAUUUUAAAGAAGGAGACAUAGUUUAUGCUAGGGAUUAUUCCAACCCUAAUAAAAAAGAGUGGAAGAAAGGAACAGUCGAAGAAGUGUUAGGUGAUAGAAUAUAUUUAGUUAGAUUAGAAAAAGGAAAUGUGAUAUGGAGAAGACACGUUGACCAACUCAUAGAAGUAGGUAAGAUAAAUGAAAAGAGUUUUGAAAUAGAAGAAAAUGAGGAAGGAGAAGAACAAACAGAACUGGAGGAAAAGAAAAUUAAUGAGGUAAAAGAAGAAGCUAUUGAUAAAAAAAAAUAUGAAAUAAAUGAAAGUUUAGAAAAGGAAGUAGAAGUUCCUUUACCAAAAAGAUCUAAGAGAAAAAGAAAAAAACCAGAUAGGUUGAACAUAUAA